AAUUAUCACUUCUACCACAACCCUUCAUUCGCAUUGAACACGGAAGAAGCAAGAAAUGGCAGAAGAAGUGAGCAACAAACAGGUCAUUCUGAAACACUAUGUCACCAGUUACCUUAAGGAAUCGGACAUGGAAUUCAAUAGUACCACCAUUAAAUUGAAUGUUCCAGAAGGUUCUAAUGCUAUGGUUUUGAAGAAUCUUUUCUUGUCAUGUGACCCUUACAUGCGUAACCGCAUGAAGAAAUUUGAGGGGGGCUAUGUUGAGUCCUUCACUCCUGGCUCUCCUAUCACGGGAUAUGGAGUGGCUAAAGUUUUGGAGUCUGGUGAUUCGAACUUCCAGAAAGGUGAUUUAGUUUUGGGAAGGACUGGAUGGGAGGAGUAUAGUAUUGUAACAGCUACUCCGACUUUGUUUAAAAUUCGUGACAAGGAUGUGCCUAUUUCCUACUAUACAGGAAUCCUCGGUAUGCCUGGUCUGACUGCUUAUGCUGGUUUUUACGAGGUUUGCUCUCCUAAAAAGGGAGAAACUGUCUUUGUUUCAGCUGCUUCCGGAGCAGUUGGUCAGCUUGUUGGGCAAUUUGCAAAGAUGUUGGGUUGCUAUGUUGUUGGUAGUGCUGGAAGUAAAGAAAAGGUUGAUCGGUUGAAGAGCACGUUUGGUUUUGAUGAAGCUUUUAACUACAAAGAGGAGCAGGAUUUAGACGCAGCUUUGAAGAGGUACUUCCCUGAUGGAAUCGACAUCUACUUUGAGAAUGUUGGAGGGAAGAUGCUUGAUGCAGUUCUUCUGAAUAUGAAAAUCCAUGGUCGUAUUGCUGUGUGUGGGAUGAUCUCACAAUACAACCUUGAGCAGACUGAAGGAGUGCACAACUUGUUCUGUCUCAUCUCAAAACGAAUCCGCAUGGAAGGAUUUCUUGUCUUUGAUUACUAUCAUCUUUACCCUAAAUAUUUGGAAAUGAUCAUUCCGCAAAUCAAGGCUGGUAAGGUUGUGUACGUGGAAGACGUAGCUGAAGGUCUCGAAAGUGCUCCGAGUGCUCUAGUUGGUCUCUUCUCUGGUCGCAAUAUUGGAAAGCAAGUUGUGAUGGUUUCGCGUGAAUGAAUGUUAGUACUAAUUGUUUAGAUGGUGGUUGAUGUGCCAGUUCUUGUAAAUAAAGCUCUGUUGCAGAUUUAGUAGAGUUAAUUGUGUUUAUGGUGGGGUAUUUCGGCAACAACCUCUCUAGCUUCACGAGGUAGUGGUAAGGUCUGCGUACAUUCUACCCGACCCCACCCGUGGAUUUCACUGGCUAUGUUGU